ACGGUGCCGGGGCUCUGCCGCGCUGAGGCCGCGGGCCCGGGCGGUAACCGGGGGUGCCGGCUCUGCCUGUUGCAGAGCUCAGCCGUGCACAACUCGGCCGAAGUGUCUGAAAUUCGCGGCUUCCGAGAAAAAGACACCAACGGAGAUGCUUUGUGGGUUUGGUGUUAUCCGUCCGUAACAGCUGAACUGAGGACUCUGUUGCUGCGAAAGUGCUGCCUUACAGAUGAAAACAAAUUGCUUCAUACGUUUGUAUUUGGCCAGUAUAAAAGGUCUUGGUUCUACAUCACAACGGUAGAAGUUCAAGAUUCUCCAGCCUUGAAAAAGGUGACCCACUUCUCCAUUGUCCUGACGGCCAAAGACUUCAACCCAGAGAAAUAUUCUGCCUUCACCAGGAUUCUCUGUAGAAUCUACUUGAAGCAUGGAAGUCCAGUUAAAAUGAUGGAGAGUUACAUUGCAGUCCUAACAAAGGGYAUCUGCCAAAGUGAAGAAAAUGGAUCCUUCCUCAGCAAGGAUUUUGAUGCUCGGAAGGCUUACCUUGCUGGUUCCAUCAAAGAUAUAGUGUCUCAGUUUGGAAUGGAAACAGUUAUUUUAUAUACAGCACUGAUGUUAAAGAAGAGAAUUGUAGUGUACCAUCCUAGAAUAGAAGCUAUCCAGGAAUUUACCAGGACUUUGCCUGCUUUAGUGUGGCAUCGACAAGACUGGUCAAUUCUUCAUUCAUAUGUGCAUCUAAAUGAGGAGGAACUGGAAGCCUUAAAAGCCUGCACAGGUUACAUCGCUGGAUUUACAGACUCUGAAGUGAACAGUAGAUCAGACCUCUAUGAUGUGUAUGUGAAUUUGGCAGACAGUGAGAUUACAGUUUCACCUGUAGUAAAAGAGGCAAUGACAAUGGGAAAACUUCACAAAGAAAUUGGACAACUAAUUGUCCAAUCUGCAGAAGAUCCAGAUAAAUCAGACAGCCAAGUCAUUAAGGACAUUUCUCUGAAGACAAAAGAAAUCUUGGCUACUUUAGCCUCACUUACUGAAGUUUCUGAUGGCAAUGGAAAACCAACCCUUAAUGCCGAAGCCCUGAAACAAAAGCGAUUUCCACCAGCCACAGAAAACUUCCUUUUUCAUUUAGCAGCUGCUGAACAAAUGCUCAAAAUCUGAUUUUGAUGCACUGCAGUGUUAUGGACCAAUUCAGAAAAGCUGUCUCUGCCAUCCAGAUAGGUAUACCUGKUAUUUUAUAUGAAAAGCUAAAGGUAGGAGUGAAUGUCAUAGUUACCAUAAUAUAAUGCAGGAUAUUGGAGUWUGACUGGGAACAUAUGGAGAUGUAUUUGGGAACAUUCCUGGUGUCAUUAUCUCUCCCCAACUCUGUGUCUAUGGCUCCUGUAUUUCACAUCACAAAGUGAGUGGAUGUACAAGCAGCACAGGCCAGUGUGUCCAGGCUGUGGCAGACAUCUGUGUGGUGGCUGUUUGUCCUGCACAUUCCAGUGGAUGGACAGCUCUGACUUGUCUGCCUGGGGUCUGGAACACCACUGCAGCACAGCUGGGAUCUGCUGGGAUGUGCUGAUCUCKGCACAGGGAUACCCUGAACAUGCAMCUGGUCUGAGCACUCCUUCUGGGCUUCCAGGGAUGUCAGCCAGUCAGAGCUCUUGCUGUGGACUGCCUGAUACCUGGAAAUCCUAAAUAAAUGGACAAGUUCUCUCUUUCUACUUGAAAAUGUCUAGGUGURAAUAAAGGAUGUCUGGGAAAACCUGAUGUGUUAGCCUUAGUAUGAAAAGGAAGGGGUAUUUUGAAGCUCAGKUGUGAGUUGAGCACCUCUUUUGGACUCUUGCCUUAGAGGUUUCCCCCCUUUCACUCCAUCCCAUKCCUCUGAUGGAGGGAUAAGAUAGAGGAUUACUGUGCUUAAAAUGGGGCUUCUUAGGGGGUCAUGGGCAAGUGCUGCCUUACAGCUGCACUCAUUUGAGAAGUUGUUGGGGUUCUCAGCCGAGAAGAGACCUGGCCAUUGAUUCCUGAUCCACAUGAGAGAAAGUCAGAAAAGUUAAAGCCUUAUGGACAGGAGUGCUCMAAUGGCCAGGUACCACAAGUAGAGCAUCAGUUUCUUGAAUGACUGGAGCUGUAACACAGGUACUGUUUGAUGGUGCUCUGUGUAAACUAAAUCUAGACUGAAACUUUUGAAGACAUAGUGAAAACUGGGAAAGAGUUUAGAGAAAAUUAAAAUUUGCCUAUUUGUCUGGUUGCACAGCCAUAACUCAAGAGUUUUUUUGGUUUUUGUUUUUUUUUUUUUACUGAGCAGCCUGAAGCUAACUGCUUUACAAUCUUCUGAGAAGAAUUUAGAGUCUUUGUAGGGAAAUGCUCUGAGCCAAACAAUCUGUAUUUGUUCAGAAAUGUCCACAACAAAUCAAUCAAUUCUGCAGUAGCACUUUGUUAGAAGAAAAAAAUAACCUUUUUCCUGGCCUUUGUACAGAUGGACUGUAGCAUGUGGUUUUACAUAGAGAUUUUAUACUUAUGAUUAAAACUUUAGUAACCAAUAUUUAUAUGUUAAAUAAUUGGAUGUUUGCUAUUCUGAAACUGGUAGAGCUCAUCAGUAACUAUGUGCAAGCAAUAUUGGUUGGAAAAAGAGUUGUCCUWUUGCUAUGUAUCAUACCUGAAGGAAAUCUGUUUUAGAAUGGGAUUAAGGAAUGUGACAUCUGUGUAUAAAAUGGGUGGUUAUCACAGUCAGAAAGAAAGUGCUUCAGAACAAUCCCCUAUUUUCAGGGGUGUAAAAUUCUGCUUUAACACUUAGUCUGAAGUUUAAAAUCUGAAUAGAGUAGCAUGUAUUUUUUUUUAACUUCUGAGAAAAAUACUACAAUUGCCUUUGUUUACCUGUAAGUGCCCUGCAGCUUUUUUUUUUCCCCCAUUUGCCCAUUAAUGUUUUUUGUUAAUGGUUCUUUAAUAUUGCUGCUUUUGUUUUGGAGCCUAUAAAACAGUUCAAAUAGAAGAACUGCAAAACUCUGCUGAAAAUUCAAUUCAAAACCUACUUUAAAGUCCACUGAAAUGGAAUUCUUUCACCAAGGAAAACCUGAAUUUGCUUCAGCCAGCUGUCUUAAAACCACAGUGUAACUGAGAAGAAAUUCCCAUCGUUUCUUAUUAACAAACUGCCUUAAGGCAUAUCUAGAGACAACCACAAAAGGCAGAGAAGCUGAAUUGCAAACUAAACCUUGAUGCCUGUUUUGUUUUCUGUUUUGGAAAUGUUUCAGUUGAAAAUCUCAGUGUUGUAUUAGAUCUUCUCUUUUUGUUUGUGCAACACAGCUGAAAUACAAUUUUGCACUUAAGGAACUGGACUCAUAGCAUGCUUAUGCCUAUUAAAAAAUUCCUGAACAGUCUACCCUUUCAUAUAUGUAAAUUUAUUCUUGAGUAGUUGUGCCCAUGGAGCCACAGGCCUUAGCUUUUAGUUUUGCAAUACUGGGAUUGAGCUAGGGUUUGGUGUUURGGUUGGAAAUGUACUGCUACAUGUUCAAACACUUCUGUCAUUGCUGAUUUUAUCAUCAGUGCUGUACAACAUUAUUGGCUUCAGCUCAGCUUCACUGCAUUCAAARGAUUGUCCUAAUGUUCUUGCAUUUUCUUAAUGACUUUGUUUCUUCUCAAAAAAGGUUUAAAAUAAAAUAGAAAAAUCUGUGAGGUCAGGACAGAAAAAUAUUUCUACUUAUUUCUUGCUUCCCUUUCCCCAGGAUGCACAYAAGCAGACUGUGGAUGCAGUUGCUCUUUUGCAGUCAUAACAUCCUUUCUUCCUCCUAGAAGCAAAGACCAUUUAAAAUGGAAUUUUUAUUCAUACCUUUUAAUCUUACUGCUUUUCUGUUCUUGGAGAAAUAUGAAAUGGUGAAUGGUUCCUGUGCCAUAACAUUUCCACUGUGUUUGCAGAAAUUGGAACGUAGAGAGUGAGAAGGGCAGAGGCUUGCAAAGGGGAGCAGGAAUAAACACUUCAGUCUCUGUGGCUGAGGUUUUGCUGAGUAAAUUGGGUUACUUGCUUUACUGCUUUCAUCCCUGGRGUUUUAGUUCCUGGUAUGAGCUGCCCUGCCCUGUUUCCCUGCAGGCAAAUGUGUGAGGGGGGAAUGUUCAACUGAGCAGUGUAAUGCUUUGUAACCCAGAAAAACUUGACAUGAGACAUCUGAUAGAAUCCAUCUUAAAUGUCCUGGCUGCUUCUGCUUUUAUCCUCUGACUGCUCCUGAAAUGGGUACUGAGGGUUUGUUAAUUGUGUGAUCUGAGAUGUCACUUGAAGCAUAUCAAUCUCUAGAUACAAAACAAGCUGUAAAGCUCAGUAUAGGGAAUUCAUAGCUGCCUCCUAGUGCCUUGCACCCUUCCCAAGGAAGCUGUCUGGCUGGAGUCUGAGUCAGAGGCUUCUCUGGUCAGGUGAAGUCAUUCCUUGGAGCUGCUGAGUGAUGUGGGACUUGGGUGGAGACUCCAAAGACGGGGCAACAGCUCC